UUACGUGUUCACUCUAGCUAGCUUCACGCAGGUUUCCGCGUGUUGAUACUGAAGAGAGAGGUUCGAGGAGAAACAAGUUUUCGCAUCGCAGAGACCCAAAUUCAGGCCGAAACCAGAGGAAAAUGGACAUGAAGAAGAGGGUCUCCUUAGAGCUGAGGCACCGGUCGCCGACAGAAGUCCAGGAGCUGGUUCUGGACAACUGUCGCUCCGGCGAAGGAAAGAUCGAAGGAAUCACAGAAGAGUUCUCCAACCUGGAGCUGCUCAGCCUCAUCAACGUCGGCCUGACCAGCGUAGGGGACAUCCCCAAACUGGACAAACUCAAAAAGUUGGAGUUGAGUGACAACAGGAUAUCGGGCGGUCUGGAGGUCCUGGCCGAGCGGCUGGUGAACCUCACGCAUCUCAACCUCAGUGGGAACAAGUUCAAAGACAUCAGCACGCUGGAGCCGCUGAAAAAGUUGCCCCAGCUGAAGAGCCUCGACCUGUUCAACUGCGAGGUCACCAACCUGGCCGACUACCGGGAGUCCAUCUUCAAGCUCCUCCCACAGCUCACCUACCUGGACGGCUACGACAUCGACGACUGCGAGGCGUCCGACUCCGACGGGGAGGGGGACGGCGUGGAGGACGAGGACGAAGAGGGGCUGGAGGGCGAGUCGGAGGAGGAAGAGGAGGAGGAAGAUGAGGAGGACGUCGUGGCCGAAGAGGAGGACGACGAUGACGACAGUAACGAGGAGGAGGACGGGGAGGUGAACGGAGACGUGGACAGCGAGGAUGACGACGAGGAAGAUGACGACGACGACGAUGACGACGAGGACUCGUCUCCGGCCAAAGGAGAGAAGAGGAAGAGGGACCCUGAAGAUGAGGAGGAGGAGGAUGAAGAUGAUGAUUAAGGACCUGCAUAACCCCCCUCUGACCUCUCGUCCGUUGACCCCCCCCACCAACGCUCGCCCCCCUCCCCUCGACUCCUGGGCUGCGUUCCAUUCUCUGAAACCGGUCUCCUCCCACUGAGCCGUCGUCUCCUGCAAACCCAAAACACAACUUAUCAAACACCUUUUCCUUCUGUUUUUAAAAAAAUAUAUAUAAUUCAUAUUUCCAAAAUGUCCCCCAAAUAUUCCUCGACACCUCUAAUGACAUAAUCCCCCCCCCGCCGCCCCCCUCUUUCUCUUUUUGUGACUCGACGCCCCCGACGAUCACUUGUUGUCUAUAAAAUGUUUUUUCUCGGAGCAGAAAGUGAUCGAAUUUUUUUGUUUUUCAGCACGGGAAGAAAAACGUUUUAGAAGCAGGAACCGGUGCGUUUUUUGUUUGGAGAAUCGCUGUUAUGUUGAACUUUAUCGCAUUAAUUGACCAUAAAUAUUCAGUCGAUCGAUCAAUAAUUCUGAACGGCCUCCUGGGACAUCAACGGGGUUUUAUAUUAUUUUUGAUGAGCGGAUUGUGAUUUAAAAUUUAGUUUUACAAAAGCCUCUUAAUGUUUAAAGUUAUGGAUUUUGGCUUUGUUUGAGCCUGACUGCAUAAAUUCCUACUCUAACAAGUAACCAGUGAAUGCAUCUCUGGUCGUGAGGAGCUUUAAAAAGAGGCGGGACUACAAUUAAUUAAAAAAAAACACACACAAUUUCGCCUCCUUCAGGUGUUUUUGUGGUCAAAAACAGGAGUUUUUGUCUUAUCAUUAUUAUUAUUUUUUUUAUUUUAAAUCACAAUUAUCUAAAUGUAAUAUUAAUUCUCAAUAUUAAAUAUUUCUCGUGACGAUGGAAUGAAUAAUUUUCGUUAAAACGACGGUUUGAGUCUGCGGAAGGAGCCGGAACAAGAGGCUCAUGGGAGGACGGAAACGGCACAUUUGGGGACGCAAAAGCCAGAGAAACCAAACCCCCCCCCCCCCUUUUUUUUCCUCCACCUUCCUCUGACAUCACGGCUCUGGGACGAAGCCAGCAGCUGUGACAUCAUGACGGGCUCUGUGAUGUCAUCAAAGCCCCCCCCCCCUCAAUUUUUUCCAAGGCCGAGCGCGCUCAGGGCAAACUGUGUUCUCUCUUUUUUGCCAACAGAGCUUUUUAAAAGAAAUAUUUUUUCAGAGAAAUUGUUUUUGUUUAAUUUUGUAUGGUUGUCCGGGGAAUCUCUCUCUCUCCCUCUCUCUCUCUCUCUCUCUCUCUCUCUCUCUCUCUCUCUCUCUCUCUCUCUCUCUACCUCCGUCUCUCUCUCUCUCUCGUGUCUUUCUGCUCAGAGAGAUCCAGUCGAUCCUCCACACUGACUAGUUGACGUUGUGUUUUCUUUUCUUUUCUUUUUUUUUUACUUUCUGUAAGUUAAAGGAAAAACAAACAAAAAAACGCACACACAAAAAGGACUUUGUAAAUAAAAUCUUAACAUUUUGCUCCCGG